UUCUGGGAAUGUUUCUUUUCCAGAUAUUCUGAACAAAUAUCUCAGGCACUGCAUUUGAUUAAAGGCUCGUAUUACUACAUCGAAGGGCUACAUAAACAACAGUAUGGAAACGACACCUUUGCUGUGGGAGUCCAGACUCCUGACAAGAGGAAGUACAUCCCUAUACCUUCUCAGUUUCUGUGGACAGCGACGCCCCCUAAGCCUAAUGAGAACGCAACCGGUCCAGUUCUCAUAACAAUAGCAGCUGAAGCAGGCGCCAAGGCAGGAGCCUCCCUCGGCGCGAACGAAGCCAUUAAAAGUGGGGCAAAAGCAGGUGCCCGAGCAGGGGCUGAGGCUGGACAAAAGGCUGGAGCAGAGGCUGGUGUCAUUGCAGCAACUAAGGCAGCAACUGAAGUAGCCACCAAAACACUAAAGGAAGCCUUGGCAAAAUUAGGUGCAUUCAACAAACCGAUUUUUAACAUUUAUACAGCAAACGGCAGCGUUAUUUCAUCGCAAUCUGGAGGAACGUCCCAAACUGGAGCACAAGGAGGGGCCACCGCAACGGCUCAAGGUAGUCAAACAAGUCUAACAGGUCAAACAACCCUUACCGGUCAAGCUGGAGCCAAUGCAACCAUUUCAGUCGCCCAAACAGGGGUAUCAGGUGCAUCUGUGGCAGGCGGGGGAUAUGUUGCCGGCUCAAUUGUCCCUCAAAUUACACUCCUAUAUGCCUUUGCUCCUGUUGGUUACGAUGUUCACAUAUACGCGAGACAAAAAAUGUUUUUGGACUCGCAAGGAUUCGCCAGAGUGAUUGUGAGUGCAGCUCUGUACGUUAUCUACUCUGUUGAUGUCCCAGCCAUUCAAAAUCCCCUGCAAAACCUUUGCUGGCGAAUCACCAACGGGAAACUUGAGUUGACGCAAAGUUGUCAGGCUUUUGCAGUUAAAAUUCCAGGAUUUAUUAAAGGAAGCGUAAACGAUCAAACCAUAUCGUUUGAAUCAGUAUGUUCACCCGGUCAUUACAUUCGACAAAAGAACUACGGAUUUGUUUUAGGAGAGAAAGGAGACAUAAAGUUUGAUUUAGACGCGAGUGUAGGCUUUGCAAAGGUGUUUUCCUUGUCAGGGGCAUUUCAGUUCAGCCUGAUGAGAAAAGGAUGGUACAUCUGCAGAAGUAAAAGUAGAAAUUACCACCAAGUGGACAUGGUAACGGACUACAAUAUGGAGACCCAUGAAUUUCUGAGGAGAUGUUCGUUCACCUUAAGACCUCUCGGUCCAAAGGAAAAUCCACUGAUGAACUGCUAUGGUACAUUUCAACCGACUAGACCGCCUGGAGUUCCUGAAGCAUCAAUAUCGACUCCAUUACAAACAAUCAAAACAACAUCGACCACUCGUCCCACGACACCGCCAACAACUCAUAAGCCUGAAGGUAAAAUGGAGUGCAAUAGUAUUAACUGUCCACUUUUUACCAAUGAAAUUCCAUGGACUUUUUUAAGUAGCCAAUCAAAAAGUGAGUCUUUCGUUGACACAAUAAGUAGUCUUUAUUUGUUUCUUUUAGGGCCAUGUCUCAGGUUUACCUUUUGGAACAACGUUGGUGUGCCUUUCAUUCUUUAUUCCAGUCUCAAACCAGAAGGGUAUUUAGUCACAGGACCCAGGUUGCAUCUUCGUUACGUUAUUCAAAAUGGUGUAGUGCUAGGAUUGCAACAGAGAAAACCCAAAAGAUCUUGGGUGGCUGAUAACGAUGAAGAAGUUCUGUCUCAGGUAAACUUGGUUUUCGCGAGUAGUUUCUUUAACCCAUUUUGGAAAGAAAUCGUACUUGACGUAAUACUCGUCACCAACACCAUCACCAUCACCAACACCAUCACCAUCACCAUCACCAUCAACAUCACCAUCACUAUCACCAACACCAUCACCAUCACCAACACCAUCACCAUAACCGUUGCCUUACAAUAUGACCAAAAACUGAUGAAUCCUGUUCACUACACAAUACUGAUACUUCCAGAGCCCGAUUUCAGUUUUCUUUACAACACCGCCGCUAUGUCAAAGUUAUUCUUUGGAUGUAAUUUCCAGGUAAUGGAUAAUUUGGGCGAUGUUCAACAGCUUUAUCUUGACAAGACCGCGCCAAACCUGGUAGGUGGUCAAAUUGUUACAUUUUGGGCAAAGGAUCCCUAUGGAAAACGUGAAAUUCUUUUGGACGGAAGGAAGAUAGUGUAUGCAGUUCCUGGUCUGCACUGCGACCAUUCUAUUCAAGUUACAGUGACUUCAAGACCAAAAUCAAUAUCAUUGUUGCCUUUGCACCAUGUAGGUACAACUACAAAGCCAACGACACUAAGAACACCGUUGACUACUUCUCCGAGGCCAACCACUCCUCCCUCACCACCACCUCUGCCACCGUCCCCACCACCGACACAGCCGCCACCACCUCCACCACCCCCUCCUCCUCCUCCUCCUCCUCCUCCUCACCCUGUUCAUCCACAUCCUCCACCACUGGUAUCAACACUGCCCUCUCCUCAUCCUCCUUCUCCUCCUCUUCCUCCUCCUCCGUCUCCUCCGCCUCCUUCCCCUCCUCCUCCCCCUCCACCUCCGCCUCGUCCUCCACUUCCUAUUCGACCUCCACCUCCGCCUCCUCCUCCAACUCCUCCUCCACCCUCGCCUGCUCCUCCGCCUCGGCCUCCACUCCCGCCUUCUCCUUCACUUCCUCCUCUGCCUUCGCCUCCUUCUCCGCCCCCUCCUCUGCCUCCUCCUCCGCCAUCUCCUCCGCCAUCUCCUCCACCCCCUCCUCCUACUCCACCUUUAACAACAACUAAGCUCCCUUCCACUAUUCCACCAUGUGGUUCAGAAGUCACCACUGUCUCUCCUACCACAACGACACGUCGCCCAUGCUCACCAGCUAAUCCUACUAUCCUUAAGCAGCCUCCGUCGUCUCCUUUACCUCGUCCUUCACCUCCAUUUACGACACUACCUCCUACCACUAUUCCCCCUCCUCCUCGGCCUUCUUUUCCGCCUCCUGUGUCCCCUCCUCCGCCUCCUGCGCCUCCUUCGCCUCCUCCGCCACCUCCUCCUCCUGUGCCUCCACAUCCUCCUCCUGUGCCUCCUCUCCCCCCUCCUCUUCUGCCUCCUGCUCCGCCUCCUCCUCCACCUCCACCUCCGCCUCCUCCACCUCCACCUCCGCUUACUCCCCUGCCCCCUCCUCCGCCUCCUACCCGUCCUCCUUCCGUGCCACCUCCUCCGCUUUCACCUCCGCCUACUCCGUCUACGCCUCCUCCACCACCUCUACCACCUCCGCUUCCUCCAAUUACUACACCACCUCCACCAUGUGGUCCUGAAGAGCCAGGAAAAUCUACUUGCAAACCCACUUCUCGUCCUUCUCAUUCCACUCCACCACCUAUCCCUCCCCCAGUUUUUCCACCUUCAUGUUCACCACCAGGAGUCACUCACACACCUGGUGCCCAACCUCCAUGCUUUUUACCUCCCACCAAACAACCGAUGGUUGGAUCUGUUACCCUACCAACACUACCUCCAAUUCCAACACUCCCUCUAGUACCAGGCUGCAUGCCCACACAUGAUGGUACCUCAAAAGGCGCUUGUUGUAUGUUCCCAUUCAUCUACCAAGGAAAUCCGCAACACCGCUGUACAAGAGCUGAGCGAGGCUUCCGCUGGUGCGCAACAACUGCUAAUUAUGACGCCGAUAAGCAAUGGGGAUAUUGUGCAAGUUGCUUUUUAUGCCACGGCGGCAAUUCAAAUGGUAACUGCUGCCAUUUUCCAUUCAGAUAUAGCGGUAAAAUGUACACGACUUGUACAACUCAAGACGAAACGAAGCCCUGGUGUGCCACUACUUACAACUAUGACGUGGACAAGCUGUGGGGUUAUUGUGGAGGUGAUGCCCCUGGUUCGGUGCCUCAGCCCAAGGUUGCUUAUGCACCAUGUCUCUCUGACUGUGAUGGUAAAUGCGUCGACACUUGUCCUGACUACUGCUGUGUGAAGAACAUGAAAACCAAGACACAUCAGCAAAUACAACAGUCUGCAGUACCCCAGCUUUCCAAGUCUAGAUUAACUUGUUGCAAACAUAUCACGUUUUUUUUGUUCUCACCGGUUCAGCAGGAUUUACCAGUUCAGGAGACAUCACCCUCUUGUUCUCCUCUCUGCUCUAAAUUCUGCGUCCUAGACUGUCCUGUUCGCUGCUGUAAACUUUCGCCUCCUUCGCUCUACGUUCCCAGUCCACCUCCUGAGCCUGUACAUUGCCCGCCCAUCUGUUUCAAGGUGUGCUACAACACUUGUCCAGAGGGAUGUUGUUCAAACACUCAGACAGGCGUAGCUCGUGAUACCGCAUCGUACACUGUAGCCUUGCCAUGCCCAGCUAACUGCCAUCCUAUCUGCCAUGGUCACUGCCCAGCAUCGUGUUGCCAGAUGGAGGACUACCCACCUUCAUCAACGUCGUUAACUGUGCGAUCAAAGAUGGUUUGUCCUGCUAGUUGUCACAACUUCUGUUCCCAAUGGUGUCCCAGGCAUUGUUGCAGCAAACACAUCGAGAAAGCAAAUAUCAAAACCCAGUAUCAAGAAAGCAGUAUUCACGCUUGUAAAGUUGGCGUCGUUACAGUUGGAGGAAAUGCUCAGGGUGCCUGUUGUAAGUUUCCCUUUAUUUACAAGGGAGCGGUGUACUGGAGAUGCACAGCUCAAAAUGCCGUCAAGAAAUGGUGUUCAGUGACUAAAGUGUUUGAUGUAGACAGAAGGUGGGGUUACUGCAAAUGGUGAGUAACGGAUCCCGCGGGUAAGAGCUCCAACCUUUAAUUUGUACCCUGAUUCAGUGAAUAGGAUUUUCUAAACAUCAUUUUUAUCAAUGUUGACAACUCAUUUCGGCGAAUGAGAAAUAGUUAUUUGAUAAAGUUGCAAUAGUUGUAGAGUUCUCGGCGUCUCUUCUUCUACUUCACGCUUUAGUAACGCAGAUCCUACUAAAUCUGGUUUGUUUUUUCUUGUUUUUUUUUCUUUUCAUUCAGAUUGGCUGAUGGAAACCUUAAACGCGCGAUUUUUAAGCUAUUCGCUUCCAAGGGAUCGACCAAGAAAUGUCAGAAGUCAGUAGCAGACUGGAUAAGUGGCCAUGGAUGCACAUACGUAUCAACAGAGACAGCGCGCAGUGUGUGUAAAAUGAGCUUCAUUUACGUGUAACCAUGAAAACAACUUAAAUUAUUUUGGAUAUAACAAGCGUCAACAACGGUUACGUUGAUGCAUUUUACCCCAAGGGAAAUCUCUACAUGGCAUUGGAUGAAGUUGUUUUUCUUUGUACCUUCUAAGGAUGUUCUUUCUCAAAUUUUAACAACUUCUACAUAAAUGUAUUAUGGUAGGUUCCUAGAAUCAGCCGCAAAUGAGCAUAAACUUAUUUUUAUCAAAAGAUAUUUUUUCUGCGACACGGCUCUUGACGGCAUAGGCAGUAUCGCUUCCUGGCACUAAUAAUUAAGAGUCUGCACUGAUAUUUCGAAGAAAUAAGAAACUACUUGAACCCCCAAAAAAAGGUUCUGGUAGUCUUCUAUGGUGGUUUUUACAAUUCCCGAAGAUCAUUCCUUAUUGGCAUGGGACCCCUUUCUGGAUUUUCACCGACAGAACCCUGACCAAGUUCGGUGAGCCUCAACAAUGAGGAAGCCCUCGUGACGACAGUGUCUAGUUUUAUGGAAUUAUGUUGAAAUAAACUCGUAUUUUUUUCCAGUUUGUGUGGCAAUUUUCUUUAUGAUAGCCUCAACAAAUAAGGCAAAGACAAAGUAUGCGUAGAACCUACAAUCAUGGACAAACCUCUUGGGACAAAUUUGCACUUUUGGCACUUUUGCACACA